GUCACUAUUCUCAAACCCAGUUCCUUGGGCGUGGAUCUUAGACUCGGUUCCUCUUCUGGUAAUACAUGAUCCAUGAGUCCCAAAACCCAACCGAUCCCACCCAGUGUGUCCCACUCUUCCAAAACCUUGAUUAUCAAGAAUCCCACGAUCAAUUGGAAUUGGUGGAGAGAGAGAGCAGCAGCAGCAGCAGUAGCAGUAGAGCCGAUCAGUGGUGGCUCAAUCUUUCUUUUGCUGCUUUGAUUUUCUGUGCAGUAGUAAACUACAGCUAGCAAAACCAGAAAAAAGAGUAUUUAUCGUUGCCGUGCUUGUUGAUUAUUCUCUCAGGAGGCGGCAGACGAUACUCUUUGGAGCUUUGUGAUUGCUGGUUUUCAGAAUUCCUGGUACCAGUAGUUAGCGUUUAGACUUUGCAAUUGGUCUGAAGUUGCUGCUCAAUUAAUUGGGGGAGAAGCAUUCCCGUUAUUUCAUUCUUUCUGGGGGAACUGCAGACGAGAUCAUGCAUUCACUGGUGACAACAGAUACCCAUGAUCACAGCAAAUGAGGAUUUAGUUAGAGGAGAGUGGAUGCAAUGGAGGACUCAGCAAAGCAGGAUUCAUGGGUUCCAGUGACCCCUGGAAAAACUUCUCUUGCUCCAUUAGAACACGUCUAUACUAAAAGGAAGAUUAAAAGAAAUACUAGUGAGAGUUUUCUUGCGAGGAUUCUGCAAAAAGAAAUCUGUAGCAAGACAUCCACAUCUUCCUUGGAUGAAAAAGAAGGCUUGAAUGGAAACAGAGAUGAACAACCACAGCAUGUAGAAAUCCCAUCUUGGGUUCCAGAGACCCCUGGAAAAACUUCUCCUGCUCCAGUAGAACACGUCUAUAUUAAAAGGCAGAUUAAAAAAAGUAGUGGGAGUUUUCUUGCGAGGAUUCUGACAAAAGAAAUCUAUAGCAAGACAUCCACAUCUUCCUUGGAUGAAAAAGAAGGCUUGAAUAGAAACAAAGAUGAUCAACCACAGCAUGUCGAAAUACCAAUUGGUGGGCCCGCUUCGUCUUCACUGGAUCGGGGUGUCAAUAAACGUAAAAAUGAUGAGAUAAAUGUGUUUAAAAAGAAGAAGCGAAGGAAGGCACAUAGGCCCAAAGUGGUUGUUGACAGACCCAUAGUGGGUGCUAAUGGCAAAGUUGUACGAAUUCUACAACCUAAGACACCAAAACUUGCAACUCCCAAACGAGUUGGGAAGCGUUUUGGGAAGAAAGGGUCUGACAUGACAGUAGACGCUAAUUCCGCUGCAAAAUCUGCAAAAGCCAGGCGGGUUUUGAAGUUUGAUUUUGAAGAUUGUCCAGCUGAGGUACAAUUUAUUGCAGUGGAAGCGGAUACUCAACCAGUUCAGAACAAUCUGUGGAAAAAAUCCACUUUGGUACCAAUGGACUGGAGAUGUCAUGGGCUCAGAUCAUCUAGGAAUUAUAACAGACAUGCUUAUAAGAGUAUAUUUGGAGCAUAUUCUAGCCUUAGUAUUAUCAGAAGACUUGGACUGAAUUUUCCAAAAACAUGCAAGAGACCAAGGAUUCAGAGAAAGCAAAAAGUUUACAGCUCCGUGAACAAUAAAAUAAAUAGUAUCGAAAUGAUGCUAUCUGGAAACACAUCUAUUGUUCAGAUGGAAAGGCAGAGAUCCAAAAACUUGGUAAGCCUUAUUACAACUGCAGAAUACAAUCGAUUGCCAUCGGAUUGCUUCAGUCUACCUACAAGCCGGAAAUUGGCAGUAGUUUUGCCAGAAGUAGAAGCUGAUGAGAUAAAGAGAAUUGAUGAUCUUGAAAGAAUGAUUGACAGAAUGAUGGAAGAACGUAGCCAGAAUUUGCUUCAGUCUACUUACAAGGAUGCAAUGCAUGAUAGGAUUAUUUUGGAGAAAUUCACUGGACUGCAUGCCUCGUCUGUCAAUUCAGAAGAUACCUAUCUUCGACAUGAAAGAAGCCCAUCCACACUGGAUGUGACUGGGAGUACUUUCAUUUGUCCUGGUCCCAAGGAUGUCUUGCAUAAGGAGGAAUUUGAUUCUUUCAUGACGGAGAACCUCCAUUAUAUUGUCCAGCAACUUGAGCGCUUGAAUAUUAAUGAUGGAGGCAACCAGCUUAUGGUGCAAGAGAAAGAUGUACAUGGCCUUCAGAGUAAGCCUGGAACAGUCAUUCCCUAUAAGGAGCCUAAGAAACGAGAAAAGGUAAAAAUAUAUCUUGAUCUUAGUGAGAUUGAGGAAAGCUGGAAUCAGAUCAUGAAAAUGGGGGACUGCAAUAGUCAAGAUAAAGCAAACGAGCAAACGGCAGAAUGGUGGGAACAAGAAAGGAAGGUUUUUCAUGGACGUAUAUUUGCAUUUAGUAGCCGAAUGCACAAAAUCCUAGGAGAUAGACGUUUCAAACAAUGGAAAGGUUCGGUUGUGGACUCAGUUAUUGGAGUUUUUCUUACACAGAAUGUAUUUGAUCAUCUUUCAAGCUCUGCCUACAUGUCACUUGCUUCAAAAUUUCCUGCUCAGACAAGGAGUAAUCACGAAACAUCUUACAAAGAUUUGGAGAUCAAUGAGAGCCAAAAGUUGACACUUGGCGAGCUAGUAUGUGAUUCACAAGGCAACCGUUAUUUUGUCAGUCAACCAGAUGAGGAUGAAGUAGGUACAAGUCAAGAACCAGAGACUGACACCGUGAUACCUCUUAUUGAGGAAGAAGGGGCAACUAAUGAGAGGAAAGAAAAUUGUCAUGAACUACAGACUGAAACAGUGAUCCCACUUGUUGAGGAAGAAGGGGCUACUGAUGAGAGCAUAAAGAAUAUUCAGUUAUGGACAGAAGGUGAAAAUCAAAUGCCAAACUUGAAGAUGAUGAAUGUCUUGCCAGGUACCCAUGAAUUUCUCUCUUCACAUGAUUGCAGUGACUCUUCUGAAAAUAUCCAUUAUCAUUCUGAUGUGGGCUUUACUGAGGACAUGGAGAGGUCGCAAGCAAAGCAUCUAGACUUUGAAAACAAUGCAGGCGCAAUGGAAAGUACCAUCACAAAUAUGAAAAAACAGCCACCAAAUGCUCAAGAUGAAGAGAUGGUUUUGUGCAACUCUUUAGUGACUCCUGAGAGCAGCUCACUAGAAGAAGUCGCAAUUGGAAAGAAUUUGCAGAUAUCUAGCUGUCCACAAGGAGGACCAAUAAACUCCCCGUCCGAGAAUAUGCCAGCAUAUUCCAUCACCAACCCAAAGAAGCCAAGACGCAGAGGAAGAAAGGUGAACUCCAACAAAGAGGGAAUUUCUUCUGACUCAAAAGAUGUUAAGACAAAAAAGGGUCCUUCAGGAAGGAGAAAAAAGCCGGGUAAAAAAAAACAAGCAGAACCUUUUGACUGGAAUAGUUUGAGGACAACAUAUUCGACUGGCAGACAAAGAGGUAGAGAUCAAAUGGAUUUUGUGGACUGGGAGGCAGUUAGGAGAGCAAAACACAGUGAGGUUGUAGAAGCUAUCAAAGAACGCGGCCAACAGAGUAUUAUCGCUGGACGAAUCCAGGACUUCUUGAAUCGAGUUGCUGAACUACACGGAAGUAUUGACCUUGAAUGGUUGCGGGAUGUUCCACCUGAUGAGUCAAAGAGAUACCUGUUGGAAGUACAAGGAUUGGGGUUGAAAAGUGUAGAAUGUGUACGACUUUUGACGCUUCAACAUGUUGCAUUUCCUGUUGACACAAAUGUUGCUAGGAUCACUGUGCGUUUAGGAUGGGUCCCUCUAAAACCACUGCCAGAUGGAGUUCGUUUACAUGAGCUGGAGGAUUACCCGAAUCCGGACACUAUUCAAAAGUACCUGUGGCCUCGACUGAGCACCCUUGAUCAUAAAACAUUGUAUGAACUACACUACCAGAUGAUCACCUUUGGCAAGGUCUUCUGCACAAAGAAAAAUCCAAACUGCAAUGCUUGUCCACUGAGGGGGGAGUGCAAACACUUUGCCAGUGCAUUUGCAAGCUCUAGGCUUACCCUACCAGGGUCAUCAGACAACAGGGUAGCAGCUGCAACAAUGCCUGUAACAGUUGAAAACCCUUAUAUGGUUUUCAAGCCAGUGUCAGUGUCCCUUAUAGAAGCUAAUAUAUUAUCAGGAUCAGAACACCAACCCAAUCUCUGUAUACCAAUUAUUGAAGAGCCAUUAGAUUCAGAUUCAGAACUUGGUGAAUCAUCUGAACCAGCAGAGCCAUUAGAUUUAGUAUGUGAUAAGUCACCUCGGCUGGCAGAAGUUUGUGCAAAAUCAUUAGAAUCUGACAUCGAAGAUUUAUUAAAGGACGAUCAGAAUGAAAUGCCUCCCAUCGAAAUGGAUAUGGCAGUGUUCAAGAUAAAUGUACGAAAUGUCGUGCUGCAGGAUUGCAACAUGAUUCUUGAAGAUGAUGAUGUGUCAAAAGCUUUAGUUGCUUUAACUCCAGAAGCAGCUUCUAUUCCCACAAGCAAACUAAGGAAUGCCAGUCGCUUAAGAACAGAGCAUCGAGUCUAUGAACUUCCAGAUUCGCAUCCUCUUCUAGAAGGACUAGCGAGACGCGUGCAUGAUGAUCCAACUCACUAUCUACUUGCUAUCUGGACACCAGGUGAAACAGCAAAUUCAUUUGAACAACCGAAGAAAAGAUGCACCCAAGAGUCAGGACUUUGCAAUGACCAGACAUGUUUUUCUUGUAACUGUAUCCGGGAACAAAACUCCGAUACCAUCCGUGGAACAAUUUUGAUACCUUGUCGUACGGCUAUGCGAGCUAGCUUUCCACUCAAUGGAACAUACUUUCAAGUUAAUGAGGUCUUUGCUGAUCAUGAAACUAGUAAUAACCCGUUAACUGUUCCCCGGAGAUUGAUUUGGAAUUUACCAAUGCGGACAGUGUUCUUUGGAACCUCAACUUCAUCAGUGACAAGAGGUUUAUCGACACCGGAAAUUCAGUUAAGCUUUUGGAGAGGGUUUAUCUGUGUAAGAGGAUUUGAACGAGAAACCAUGACGCCUAGACCUCUCUCAGUUAGAUUUCAUGUCUCAACUUCUGCAUCUAUGUCGUCAAAGGCGAAAAGAAAUAGAAAGGAAAAGAAAAUAGAUGAGACAUGAUAAGCUUGCUCUCCGUUGGUUUUUGCUUCAUUGUAUCAACGACAAAUAUUUCGUUUAUGCUCCGUAAAUCAAGCUUUAGGAAUUAGGAAUCCGAUUUUAGUUUUAAGAAGUUUUGUUUAUCAAA